AUGUCUAGGUCCUCCUCGCCCCAGCCCGGAGGGUGGUCGAGUCCAGGCUUGAACACGCCUUACGAUAACAGCGGGCAGAGCAGUCCAUACCCCAAUGGCUCCUCCUCACACAAUGUCACUUGGGCAUCGGCUCAGGCCCGGAGUGCUGAGGUCAAAGGCUACCCUGCUUUCACUCCUAGAGGCCAAGGUUUCUUUGGCAAGCACUUUCGCAAGAUAUCUACGAGUCUGCCCUUCAAUCAUAGCGACAAGGAAAAGCUUGGCCGAGGACGGUCUCAGGGCAACAAGUUCACACGGGCUCUCAAUGGCAUAGUUUGGAAUCUGUGGCGCCUGCGGAAACGAGUCAUGGUCUUGUUUUUGGUUACGUUUCUUCUUUUCUUUUGGAAUUUCAACACACCCAUACGUCGAGCAUACAGACGCUCAGCAUGGUUCGGUGGCGGCAGUAAAUAUGUCGUCAUCUUGGCUGCAAAUCAAGGUGGAGGUGUGAUGGAAUGGAAGGGUCCCCGUGAAUGGGCCAUUGAGCGUGACAGCGUUAAGAAUAAGAAAAAGUAUACCAGGAACUGGGGCUACGAAUUGGAGAUUGUUGACAUGAGCACGAAGAAGCGCUACGCACACGAGUGGAGGGAGAGCUGGGAGAAGGUGGACACGAUCCGCAAUGCUAUGCGCAAAUACCCGCACGCUGAAUGGUUCUGGUGGCUCGACACGAACACAUUCAUCAUGGAACCAACCUACUCCCUGCAGAAGCACGUUUUCAAGCAGCUGCAAGACGUCACGUACCGCGAUAUCAACAUUUACAACCCUCUCAACAUUACACAUCCUUUGACAGACGAAUACCUCGAUCCCGAAACACGCUCGCCGGUGGGAGACGGCAGAGUCGAUUCUGUGAACAUGCUGGUGCCUCAAGAUUGCGGUGGUUUCAAUUUGGGCUCGUUCAUGGUGCGGAGAAGCGUCUGGACGGACAGGUUGCUUGAUAUCUGGUGGGAUCCCGUUGGAUACGAGCAGAAACACAUGCAAUGGGAGCACAAGGAACAGGAUGCAUUCGAGCACAUGUACCAAAACCAGCCUUGGAUCCGGCCCCACGUUGCGUUCAUCCAGCAACGUCAAAUCAUGAGUUUCCCGCCAGGUGCCUGCGGUGAUCAGGGCGACAACCCGGACAUCCAUUACCAAGAGAAGGACCGCGACUUCCUAGUCAACAUGGCUGGCUGUGAGUGGGGUCGCGACUGCUGGGCUGAAAUGUACAAAUACCGCGAGCUUAGCAACCACCUCAACAGAACACCAUGGGAGAAGUUCAAGGACGGCCUCUCGGGCUUCUUCAAGAGCAAGUCGAAGAAGGACGGGAAGAAGGAUGGAAAGAAAGAAGAGAAGAAGAACUAA